AUGACCACCAUAGCCAAACGUCUGGUAUUGGGAAAGGCUGCCGAAAGAUUCAACAAACCUUCUGUGGUUGCAACCGAUGCCGAGAUAAAGGCAGCUAUUGAAGAGGCAGCUCACUCAAAAAGAAGGCACUGGUGGCAAUCCAAAGCCACUCCAGACAUAAUUCUCAACGAGAGAGACAGAAAUGUCUUGAGAAGCGUGAAGAGAAAGGCUGUUUAUCUUGACAAAGGGUUUGACUGUUGUUGUUGUCAGAUUGGACUGGAUCCAAUUGUUGGUUUGAUUCCUGUGGUUGGAGACAUGAUUAGUAUGAUCAUGGCACUGCAAAUUAUACGGAUAGCCUCAAGAGCAGAUCUUCCACGGAGCCUAUUGCUCCAGAUGCUGGGAAAUGUGAUGAUGGACUUUUUGGUUGGUUUGACUCCUGUGGCAGGCGAUAUUCUUGAUGUUUUGUUCAAAUGCAACUGGAGAAAUGCUCAACUGUUGGAAGAAUACUUGAUGGUCAGGCGAAGGGAUGAGAUUAGAGCUGAGAAAGGAUUAUUGGUUCAUGCAGAUAACGACUCUGCCCGAUCUUAUGCACAGGUUGCAGCAGCAGCACCGCCACCACCAAAACAAUCAUCAUCAACAUCAACAUCAACAUCAGCACCGGCUAAUCAAUCUCAUGGCAUUCAAACACAUUUGAAACAUACACAACCACAUACACAAUCAACAACAGCGGAUUCUGUUGCGAUUGCUAUUCCACCGGAACAGCCUCAAAAGAAGCAGUAUGGUACAUUCUUUACUUGGCUGCGUUCUUCAGAUACCUCUUCAUAAUAAAAGCAUCAAUAAUAACAUGAUCUGAACAAACAAGAAAAAAAAAAGAGUUUGUUUCAAAAACUAUCAAAUAUAUAUCUCUUAUAAUCAAACUUGCGUUGUACUUUUGUGCCUUUGUACCAUGUACCGUGUACUUUCUUAUAAUUUCUUAUUAUUAUUAUUAUUUUUUAUUAAUAUACUUCUUUUUGAUAC